GGUCCAAUUGCGACCAUGUGGAGAUCUGUGGAUGCCAGGUUGGCAACUUACAUCUCCAUUUGGCUGGCCCCUCCAGUUUUCUUGAGCAGAGAAGGCACAAAGCUUUACAGUGUGCUGAAGUGCUGCGCUCUUAACUACUGGAAAUCAUAUUCUGCAAUUCCUCUAGCUUCCGACAUUUCAACAAGCAACACCCACACAUUUCCAAGAUUUGAAAGUAUUCUAGAAGGGCUGUUUGGACCUGAAUUAUUAAAAGAUCUGAGUUUGUUUAAAGACUUUGAGCCUGAAGGUGUCUCUGAUUGGUCUUUUGAUGAAAAUUGUCUUUUCUGCUGUUUGAGACGAGAGAAAGUGAAGGAACACUUAGUCAGUCUGGAUGAGCCAGCUUUGGAAGUUGGGCACCAAGCUCUGCUUAGACAAGAGCAAGCGAAAAUCAUUCGGUUCGAGAGGCAAGCGGAAGAAUUUAUCCAUGCAGUCUUUUAUCGAAAAGACAGUCAUAGGGUCUCUGACCCCAACAUUCCCCUAGUGGCCCGUGAGAUCAUGCAGCGGAUGAUUCGACAGUUUGCUGCUGAAUAUACCUCAAAAACUAGCUCUACUCAGGACUCCAGCUCGCCCAAUAGCACAAAGAACCAAAGCCUGCUGAAAGCAUCUCUGGUAGCCUCAUCCCCUGUGGGUGCAACGGCUCAAAAUCCUGUGCUCAGCAAACUUCUCAUGGCUGACCAGGACUCGCCCUUGGACCUCACUGUCAGAAAGUCUCAGUUGGAUCCUAGCGAACAAGACGGAGUACUUGAUCUGUCCACUAAGAAAAGUCCAUGUGCAGGCAGCGCCUCCUUGAGCCAUUCACCUGGCUGCUCCGCUACUCCUGGGAAUGGGCGACCUGGGAGACCCAGCCAGCACCAUGCAGAGGGACUUCGGAGUGGUGAUGGGGUGCCCCCGAGAAGUUGGCAGGAUGGAACGAGGGAAGGGUCUGGCCACUCCACAUCUCUCAAAGUUCCAUUGGCUCGAUCACUGCAGAUAAGCGAAGAACUGCUGAGCAGAAACCAGCAUGCUACAGCUGCCAGCCAUGGGCCGUCUGGGCUGCAGAAUCACGGACAGCACAUGAUACUAUCCAGGGAGGCUUCUUGGGCAAAACCACACUACGAAUUCAACUUCACCCGAAUGAAAUUCAGGGGAAACGGUGCACUCAGCAACAUCAGUGACCUUCCUUUUCUUACAGAAAAUUCAGCCUUUCAAAAAAUGGCACUUCAAACUAAACAGGAUGGGAAAAAGGACAUGAGCCAUUCAACUCCUGUGGAUUUAAAGAUACCACAAGUUCGAGGCAUGGACCUUUCAUGGGAGUCCCGUUCUGGCGACCAGUAUAGCUAUAGCUCUUUGGUGAUGGGUUCACAAACGGAGAGCGCGCUUAGUAAAAAGUUAAGGGCUAUCCUUCCGAAACAAAACAGAAGGAGUUUGCUGGAUCCCGGACCAGACUCCUGGGGCUCAGAUGCUGAGCAAUCUACCUCUGGACAGCCAUAUCCCACCUCUGAUCAAGAGGGAGAUCCUGGCUCUAAGCAACCUCGGAAGAAAAGAGGCAGAUACAGACAGUACAACAGUGAGAUAUUGGAAGAAGCGAUCUCUGUGGUGAUGAGUGGGAAAAUGAGCGUCUCCAAAGCUCAGAGUAUUUAUGGGAUUCCCCAUAGCACCCUGGAAUAUAAAGUGAAAGAGAGGCUGGGCACUUUGAAGAACCCUCCAAAGAAAAAAAUGAAAUUAAUGCGGUCGGAGGGACAGGAUGUCUCUGUAAAGCUUGAGAUAGAUCCCCAGGGAGAGGCAGCACAGAGUGCGAAUGAGUCAAAGGAUGAUUAGGGAUGUUGUAGAGUGCCAAUUACAUUAUAAACUGGGUGAGCACUAUGGCAUUGUUCGACUCCUGCUGUAUGUACCCAACUCCUCUUCAGUCACUGGGUGCAGGACAUGCUCCUUUGCAGUUCAGCAAAGACUUGUGUGGACACAGGGGGAAAAGGGUGCUCUGAAUGUUGCAUAUUUGUAAAUUUUCUGGCCCGGAAUGGCUUAGAGCCCUCUUUUGUGUUUUUGUUUUGUUUUGUUGUUGGGGGAUUUUUUUUUGGCCUUUUGCAUGUUUCUCUAAUAUUCUAUAGAGAAUUGAGUUACCUCACAAAGAAUGCAGACAUGGAAGUGGACUGUUUGCCUCUUGAGCCUGCAUGGACUUUCAGUUAUUUUAUUGGGUUUGCUUUCUUCAUAUGGCCUUUUUAAAAAAAUCACUUUCUUGAGCUCUAGUACCAGACUUGUAAAACAAAAACUGGAUAAUUGCUUAUAAUUAGGCUUUCACAGUUUUUUUCUUCUUCGAUCCAGUUGGCCUGAAAGAGAGUUUAAACUUUUAAAGUAUGGCUAGUCAUUUUGAAUUCAGUGAUUAGUGAUUGGAUUCCUAGUCAGUUGGGUCUAAUCGGAGCCAUUUUGUUUUAAAUUCAACUCCUCCUUUACUAUUUGCAAUCUGCUUAGUGCUCACCCGGCGGGGCGGGUGGGAGUGGGAUGGGGGAACUUUACAUACACUACCUUCAGAAUGCUUUGGUUCAUUCCUUUGGAACACUACCUUCACUGUAAUUGUGUUUGCUCUUUUGCAAAGGCGAGAGAGUUCAGCUUGCCUGCUUGAGGAUGUAGCCUUAUCUCAACACUCCAUUCAGGAGCAUCAGGGUACAUUGAAUGAUAUACUAGGGUAUUCCUCACUUUAACAAAAUAAUGGCUUUUUUGUGACCUACGUGCUUUUUAACAGACUGGAUUCUGAGUUUGCUAAACUGUGCGUUUCCAACAUCUCGUUUAAAGAACUCUCUUCUGGGAGUCAGGAAUACAUAUAACAGCUUACUGUAAUCUUGGGCAAAAAACAAACAAAAAUCCUCAUCAAACCAACUGAUCUCUAAACAUACAACCUCAAUAGUCGGCCUAAAUAGUCAUAUAAAUGAAGGAUCUAUGUUAAUGUUCAGGGAAGAAAUUUUUACAAAUUUUAAUAAAACCCAUUAUCAGAUCACUCUGGUCUGACAGGCUGAGCAUCUUAUCUAGUUGUAACACUGUCAGGGUUGAACACCCAAUGGGUGUUUCCUUUUUAAAUACUACAGUUGCCAGUAGCAGGAAAUGUGCUUGCAUAUCCUGAAUUUCUGUUUUUAUUUCAUCCACUAUUGAUUUUAAUAGGGGACUAGCACACACUCGCAUAGGCAGAUCACCACUAGCACUCCUAAAUCCACAGUUCAGUCUUGUUAGUUGCAGAGGCAUCUGAACAUUCUUACAUGUUAAGCUUUAAAUAAAGCUUUCUGGACUUGCAGCUUCACUGAAUCAGACUUAAUGGUUCUUUGGGUAGAGAAACAAUUUAAUCUUAGCUGUGCAAAAGAUUGGUAACACUCCACUCUACUGCUUUGCACAACCAAAAGAGGCAAUGGAAUUUGUAUGUGAGACAUCAUUUGAGCACUGUUCUUAAUUAGUUAUCCUGUGUUAAUGACUGAAAGUGGAUGCUAAGAUUCAUAGGAAGAAGGCCUAGAUAGCCCCAGGGCUGCUGCUUGAAUUUGGGGGCAAUUAAUUGAGUUGGCCUUCUUGAUUGGUUGAUUGCUUCCCAGUAACCCACUGUAUUCAAAGGUUAGGCACACCAUUGCUGUCGUGUUAAAUAUGCACUUCUCAUUCUUGAGAGAGACUGGGCUUUUGGCCCAGAUAUGCUUUGUACUACUGUUCUUAGACUUUUCUUUUUGUUUUGGUAGCUUAAUGUGUUUCCAUACUCAAAAGCAGAGUUCCUUUAGCUAUCUAGGUGUCAUCUCAGUACAGAAACCUGUUUGAAGCUCCAUAGUGGUGUAGAAACUCUGCAAUAUACUCCAGUUUUUCUGGAAAUUGCAAUAAAAAUGCACUGUUUUAAAUUUGUGGUUUCAUCUGCUAUUGAAAGUGUGGGAGAAGAUUUGCUGCAAGCUAGAAGUGUAACACUUGCAUAGAGUUUUACUGUCAGAGGUUUAACCUUUUGUGGCUGUUUUUAUUUAAGUGAUGUAUGAGUUGAGUUCCGUAAAACCUUGUCAUAGUGUAUGUGGAGUGCUCAUUUUACUUACCUAAAUAUUUUCUAUGUGUAUCAUUAAGUGGAUGACAAUCGUGCAGCAGAAAAAUGGUGUGCCUACCCUUUAAUGCUGCAGUUUAGAAAGAGAACUACUUGUACGUCAUUUCAGACCAUAGGUUGAGAACUGUAAAUAGAUAGUGAUAGUUGCGUAUUCUUAUUGCUUUGGUUAGAAAAUGAAUUAAACAACCAAACACUUAAUUUUCUCAGAUAAAAGUCCUGGGACCUGACGAUUGUAAGAUUCCUAUCUGCAAAGCUUUGAAAUAUAACACUUAAUAUCUGUGAUCACUUCCUAUUCAGGUAAAAAAAAAAUCCCAGAAGCUUUGGAACAACCAUAUUUCCUCAAAAGGUCUCUGCUUAAAUAAAGAAAAGGAAAAAGUAGGUUAUUUUUAAAGCACUAAUUGCAUUACUUUUGUAAUUGCAAUAUAAAAUAGCCAUUAUUGUUUUGUGAAGCAUGGUUGAAAUUAGUUAGUUGUCCCUUUCUAAAAUUUCAGAAGCCUCUCAAAAAUAAACAAAAAGCUGCUGAAUAUUCAAAAGAUAUAAAUAUAUCUAUAUUUUACCUUAUUGUAGGUUUUGUAAACUUAGUCUGUAAUAUUCAGGUGCACCUUUUUAAUGUUUAACUUUUGUUUAAGACUUCAUCUCACCUGUUUUUGCCCAGGUGGCUCAUCCUGUGACUGUAUCUCACUCUAGAUCCUAAGUGAUUCACUGAAGUAAGACUGCUCUGACAGACGCCUUUGGUGCAGCUUUGAGUAGUAUUUGGGAGCAUCUUUCCUGUUAGGAAAAAAUGGAAUCAGUGUUUAUCCAUUAGCAUGCUUAAUUUUCUGCUGAACAGAAGUUUGCAUGGCCAAAAUCCUCAACUGACCAUAGUUUGAUGUGGGAAGAUGUGGUUCGCUGCUGUCUUUGUAAGAGAAGCCUUGUUUUCUCCUGUUUUCCAGUGAAUGGAUGCUCAUGUAACUUGUGCAAGACAUAGGGCUUAGGCAUUGUUUUCCCUGUCAUUUUUGAGAGCAUAUUAAGGGGACAAGCCAAGUGCAAUGCUCCAGAAAUGGUGAAGUCUUUGGGAGGAAGAACUGGACAUUUUGACCACAUGUGUGUUAGAUCCAGAACCAAAAUUUGGUGGAAUUAUUGUGCAUCUGUUGACGGUGUCAUGUGCACCUGGAUGACAGAAUGAAACUGUGAACAGUAUUUGUGGCAGCCUCUGCUUAUACAGACCAGGUAUCAUGAAGGAUAGGUUCUCCCUCUACUCCCAGCCUAGAAGACUAAUGUUAGAGUGUGUUUGUGUAACGUUUAAAAUCAAGUUCACUAUUGUACUGGAAUUUAGAUGUUGCUUGGUGACCUUUUGCUACAGCAGGUUAUACAGAUGAGUAAGGCUUAGUGUUGUAGGGGUACAAGUGUGGAGUUAAUUAUUGUGCAGUUCUGUGGAGCGAGCCCAGUGUGUAGAAAAUGUAUCAGUUUUUACUUGGAUCUGUAAAAUAUAAAAGCUCUUUCCUGGCGAUCUGAUACACUAUUACCUCUGUCAGCCAUUCUAGAACCUCAUUUUCUGUGCCCCAGGCCUUUUUGUUUUCACUACAGCUAUAAAGAAUGGAAGUUGUAGGGUUUGGACAGUUGCCCUUACUUUAUAUAUAGAUAUAUAUAUAGAUAUAUAUAUAUAUAUAACCUCCAAACUCCUGAGUUUAUUAAAAGGAUUGAAAGAUAACUCCUCCAGGGGCAUGAAGAUCCUCUUCUUGCAUUAGCCAAAUGCCCCAAGAAUAUGCCCUUGCUUCUGUAUGGCCCUAGGACUGCUCCAUACUGCCUGCUGCUCUGCCUCCAAAGGAAAGGCCUAGUCUGAAUGUUUUCUUAAAUAUUUUCUAAUGCAAAUCUGGAAUAAAUUUUCAUUAUCCUUUAAGAAUGAGAUGUACCUUAUAAACAUGGUAGCAGUGCAGGUCUGCUUUGUUUCCUGUGGCUUAUCCCAAAGCAUAUUGACAAAUGAUGAGGCAGUUUGAACUAUGAUCUCAGAUGACACCAUGAUUGCUCAGAAACUGUCAGGAAUUAUUUAUGCAUUUUUUUUAAAAAAAAGUUUUCCCAUGAAAACCUCCACACAUUGGCUGUAUUUGUGAUCCCAUUGACAUCAUGCUAUUGAUGUCUCAUGGUAAGCUCCUUUGCAAGCCAAAAAAAUGGAAAGGGAGUCAAAUUUCAUUGUGGUGUUGACAGGGAAAAGCAGAUUCCACCCUCCAUGUAUAAUAAAUUUAGGAUUAAAUCUUCCUAAAGUCUCUGAGUGUCUCAGAGGUGAUAAAGAGGAUAAAGGCAUGGCACCUGAGUGGGUUGGGGAAGCAUUCCUAGCAUUCCCCUUUCUUAUCCAAAAGCACUUUGCUAGAACUCUAAAACAGAAACUUUUAAAAGUCUAGCUUUCAGCUCCAUAGUGGGAUGGUUCACAUAUUAGCCAAGGCUGCUUGAAGGACUUGGGCAGCCUUGAAAAGAUAAACUUGACAUACAAAUAAUUUUUUCCAUAUGCUUUCAGGCAAAAAAAUAGGUGCUUCUAGGAAGUUAUAGGGUUUCCAUUCUUUGUGGAUCAGGCAUCUUUUGGUUUUCUCCCUUGCAGUUUCAGAAAUGUAAUUAAAAAAAUCAACUUCCCUGCUGUCUGCAAAUUACACAUUUUGCAGUUGGCUUUUAUAACACAUGGGUGUCUAAUGGCUUUCAUAGUUGAAUUUUAAAACACUGUGAUUUAGCACCAUUUUAACAAGUCUAGUCUCCUUCUAAAUUCGCAUGCUCUCUCCUUCUCUCCACACUUUCCACAGAAGGAGCUCAGAAACAUUUGCUUUUGGUUUUAGUUAACUGUGGUAUGUUUCAUUCAAGCUAGGGUUUGUGGUUCAACACAGACUGGUUAGUUUAAAAAUAAGCCACUUUCAAACCACGAGUUAAGCAGCUGGCUUCGUGACGUUAGCCAAAGCUAGUGUUAGACAACAAUCCGCAGUUAGGAUGAAGCGGCACACCCUACUUAACUAAAAGCAAACCAAAGCUUUCAAAUUCUUUCCUGCUGUGCAUUAGGAAUGAAGAGAGGAAAUACAUGAGACCGGCAGGAAGCGAGGCUCAUUCGCAUAAUACUAAACCAUAGUUAACAUUAUGCCCAAAUGUGGUCAUUAUAUCUGUGCUCCAUCAAACAAAAUUUCCGAGUUUUUGAUAAGUGAACAGUUUGGUAAAUUGUCGUGGUGUAUACCAGGGUUUGCCAAAUUGGUUUAUGAAGCAUAUGCAACUACUGGGCAGUUCAAGAUUGUGAACAGAAAAUCACUGAUGGAGAAUUUGGUGUACUAGAGAUAGAGAUUUUCUGUUCACUCCUUCCAUCAAAAGCUUGCAGCUUCACAUUAGGCCCAAAGGAGACAAAGAGAAGAAUGCAGUGGUAGAUAUUUGGGCCUCUGACAUCAUGGGCUGGUAGGCAGAAGGAAGGAGCUGCAGACUGACCAGUUUCUGGGACUGACCUAGGGCUUGGAAGAGAGGGAAGGAUUUGGAGAUGUGCGUCUUUUGGCCCUUUAGCCUUAUGGAGUUCUCAAACGUAGAACUUGGCAACCUCCUUGGAAAUACACCAUAGAAUAUCUAGUCAUAAACUGAAAUUUUGCAAGUGAGCAAGCUUUUGUUGAAGUCUAAAAUUAAGCAGAUACAGUUUAAUUGGAUGUAACAAGUAUUGUAAUGUUACUUUUGCAAAUUUGUGGAUGAAUCUAUGUAGGCACCUAAAAUAAUCCACAGAUGCACUCAAAAUACCAGAGAAAGAAAAACUCAAGUUGUUGGCCACUGCAGCAUCUUUCUGACAGAUAUCUAGAUUUGAUUUAGUCAGAGUUUGUAUAAGUCAGUAAUAUUUUCAAGCCUGCAAAAUUACCUGUAAUUAGGUAAUGGUCUGAAAACAUUCAUUAUAAAAUUCUCAAAUUAUUAAACUGAUUGCACAAUCCGUUUUUAUUAAUACAAAGGUGUUUU